AUACAUACACUCCUUGUUUCCUUCACACCUUCACAGAUCUAAAAACCCUAAAUUGGGUCUCUUUUUUUUGGCUUUGAAUGGCGAAUGAUGAAGGGGAAAAUAAGGUGUACCAGCAGUAUGAUCCAUUUGUUUACAACCAGCUGGAUAUGAACCGUACCAUCCUCCAGCAACAGCCGUCGUUGGAUCCUGCUUUCAUGAGCUUCACCAACUUCUUCGACACGUCGUUGGAGUACAACAGCGUGUGGAGGGCGUUGGACGUGUCCUGCUCUUCAUCGGAACUCAUUUCUCCGGUGGACGACAUGUCCAAAAAGAAGGCUUCAAAUUCUUCAGUGUCGUCUUCAUCUGAUGAGGCUGCACCUGCAGCUGAAGACGAUUCCGUGAAGAGCAAGAAAGAAGAGAAGCGUAAGAAACAGAACGCAGCCCAAAAGAAAGAGAAGCGAGAGAGGGAGCCCCGGUUUGCUUUCUUGACUAAGACUGAGAUUGAUCAGCUUGAAGAUGGAUAUAGGUGGAGAAAAUAUGGACAGAAGGCAGUCAAAAACAGUCCUUACCCCAGAAGUUACUACAGAUGCACCAGUCAAAAAUGCGUAGUGAAGAAACGAGUAGAAAGAUCAUACCAAGAUCCAUCCCUGGUCAUAACUACGUAUGAAGGCCAACACAUCCACCAUUGCCCGGCUACACUCCGAGGCCAUUUGUCUCCGUUUCACGCAUCGGCACCCUCCUCGGGGCCUGCCCUUCCCCAAGAACUCUUCUCGCAUUUGCUAUCGAAGAACUGCCAGACCGAUCCCGCGUCAAUGAUGUACCAAAAUCUAAAUCUCCAGCAACAUCUUCAAAUGCCGGAUCAUUAUAGCCUGUUGCAGGAUUUGUUCACUCAAAAAUAGGGGCCUUACACAAGUACUCCUCUUUGUAUGAGAAGCUAUUAUACAAGAACUCAGCUUUGUCUGCUUGUUGUGUUAGGAUAUAUAAAACCAUGGAGAGAUAAAAGAUUUGAAUUUGGAGUAAAAAGAUUUGAAUUUCUCAGUCCCUUUAUUAUAUAUUUGGCAUGUAUCUAACCUAAAUGCACUAUGUUAUCUCAUGCAUUUUUGCAUUGAGUACGUAUAUGAAAGACCAAAUUUGUCUCCAA